AAAGUACACGGUUUUUGAAGUUAUAUACACAAAUAGACAGAGAGAGAGAGAGAGGAGAGGAGACAGAGAGAACAAGUUCUGGAUCAGGGUGCUUGCUAGAGCCUAAAGAUUUGCUUUUGGUUACUCUGGCUCUUAUAAAUUGGAAAUUAGGCUAAUAGAAGUAGUAAAAGACUUCUAUUUGUUGCAAAAUUUCUUCUUUGUGAUUCGGAAUUUCAGAUCAGAGGACCCUAAUUGGCAAGCCGCACUAAAGAUUCUAGGACCUUGUUGCCUUGAUGUUGAGGAAACUACAUCUAGGCGAUGCUUUCCCAUGAAUGUGGAAGAAUUGUUGUGUUUUUAGUAGGAACAGAUGGAUUAUAAGUUACAACCUGUCAGCGGCCGAUCUCAGCUUGAAAUGGGGGCACUAAAUGGAGAAUCAGUACAUGAAUUGGAUGAUGAGAGUCCUUAUAGCCUGGAAAAAGAAACUUGCAAGUUGCGUUCUCCCAAAAUUGAACAUGGAUCGAGUUCUGGAAAUUCGCAAGCUAGCAUUAAUGUAAUGUUGUGGAAUGUGUAUAAGAGCAUAAAGAUUGUAGUUUUCUCAAAUAAACUCAACUUGCUGAUCCCUUUUGGGCCAAUAGCAAUUAUUGUUAAGAAACUGAAUGGUGGUCAUGCUUGGGUCUUCUUUCUAAGCUUAUUGGGUAUAACACCUUUGGCUGAGCGUUUAGGUUAUGCUACAGAGCAGCUGGCUUUUUACACCGGACCUACAGUUGGAGGCCUUUUGAAUGCUACUUUUGGUAAUGCAACGGAACUUAUUAUAUCAAUCUAUGCACUGAAAAGCGGAAUGGUGCGUGUUGUUCAGUUGUCAUUAUUGGGCUCAAUUCUAUCAAACAUGUUGCUGGUGCUAGGAUGUGCAUUCUUUUGUGGUGGGCUUGUUUGCCAUAAGGAACAGCGGUUUACAAAGGAAACUGCUGUUGUGAACUCUGGAUUGCUGUUGAUGGCAGUCAUGGGCCUACUUUUUCCAGCUGUUCUUCAUUAUACACACACUGAAGUUCAUUCUGGGCAGUCAGAGUUGGCUCUUUCAAGAUUUAGCAGUUGCAUCAUGCUUAUUGCAUAUGCUGCAUACCUCUUUUUCCAGCUAAAGUCUCAUAGGAAUCUCUAUGAUCCUCUUAAUGAGGAUGGGAGUCCAAUUGAAGAGGGCUUGAAUGACGAUGAAAGUGCUGAGAUCUCAAAAUGGGAAUCAAUAAUUUGGCUUUUCAUUAUGACUAUAUGGAUCUCGAUCCUAUCUGAAUAUUUAGUUCAUGCAAUAGAGGGAACAUCUAUUGCAUGGAAUUUGCCACUUGCGUUUAUUAGUGUUAUUUUGCUCCCAAUUGUGGGGAAUGCUGCAGAGCAUGCAAGUGCUAUUAUGUUUGCCAUGAAAGACAAGCUUGACAUUUCAUUAGGAGUGGCAAUAGGAUCAUCAACGCAGAUAUCUAUGUUUGGGAUUCCUUUUUCUGUAGUUGUUGGUUGGAUGAUGGGGCAACGUAUGGACUUAGACUUUCGGCUUUUCGAGACAGCAACGCUUUUCAUAACUGUCUUAGUCGUAGCCUUCAUGCUGCAGGAAGGAACUUCUAAUUAUUUUAAAGGUCUUAUGCUUAUUCUUUGCUAUCUGAUAGUUGCUGCAAGUUUUUUUGUACAUGAAGAUCCUUCUCAAGGAGAUGACAACCAACCAAAAACAUAGUCAAAGGAGCUAUUGAUUCAAGAGAUCGAUGAUCAAAAGCUUUGGUUCAUUCUAAUGUAUAUAUUUUGAAUUUUCAACCUUUACAUUUUUCCAACCUCCUGCUUGUGCUUGUCAGUGAAUGACUUGACCGGUAUCUUGAUGUUCUCUCUUCCUCAGCUACUUCUUAGAUGUCAAAUGUUCACUUGGAUCUGCAAGAGAGAAGUGUAUUAUAGAGAAUUGAGAUAUUUUUUUCUUCUUUUAAAAUAACUUGUACCUUUCCAUUUUGAUAUUAAGGGGCAUGCAUCCAACAAAAUUGAUUGGUUAUGUUGUA